AAAGCCCAAAGUUCUCAUAUUUCAUCCUUCUCUCACCGUCGUCUUCCCUUUCCCAGACCCAUACCUUCAAAAUUGGAUAGUCCGAACCCGACCCAUUUCACUGCUUGGGUUUCAGAUUCAGAUUUGAGAAAAAGAAAAGUCAACACUGAAGAUUGAAGAAGAAGGAAGCUCAAACAACAAAUACGAAGCUUUGCGUGUGCUCUGCUUGCAACAAUGGCGGAUCCGAAGAAGGAAGGCUUCCUCACCUACGCUUAUAUUCUGCUCUACAUUGCUCUUUCCAGCGGCCAGAUCUUCUUCAACAAGGUUGAAUUUUUGAGACGUGUGAAAUUGAUUGAAAUUGGAUAUGCUGAUAAGGUAUUUGUGAUAUGUGAUUUGAGAGAGUUGUUGCAUGUAAGUAAGUUCUAUAGAACUUUUUCUUGGAAUUUUUUCAUGGUUUCUUUCGUUUGUUGUGUGAACUGCGGAACUGGAAUAGCUAAGUAUCUUGUGUCAGAUUCUUGUUUUUUGGACUUUGUUGUCUUGUUUGGUUCGGUCACCUUUUGGAGUUAUUGCGAAUAUGUAGCUGCUGUUUUGUGUUUUGUAUUAACCAAAGUUCUAAAGAUUAUGAAGGUUGAGGAGGGAAUGACUCAUGAAAUAUAUGUUAGUUCAGUAAUGCCAAUUGGGGCUAUGUUUGCAAUGACUCUUUGGCUGGGGAAUACUGCCUACCUGUAUAUUUCUGUUGCAUUUGCACAAAUGCUGAAGGCAAUUAUGCCUGUAGCUGUUUUUGUGCUUGGAGUAGCUGUAGGACUUGAGACAAUGAGCUGCAAAAUGCUUUUGAUCAUGUCAUUGAUUAGUUUUGGUGUCCUAGUAGCUUCUUAUGGAGAGAUAAAUAUAAAUUGGGUUGGAGUAGUUUACCAAAUGGGAGGUGUUGUUGGUGAAGCUCUAAGACUUAUUUUCAUGGAGAUUUUUGUUAAGAGAAAGGGUCUGAAGUUGAAUCCUAUAUCAGUGAUGUAUUAUGUUAGUCCGUGCAGUGCAAUUUGUUUAUUCCUUCCAUGGAUUUUUCUAGAGAAACCAAAGAUGGAUGAACAUGGACCUUGGAACUUCCCUCCUGUUUUGCUUAUCCUCAACUGCCUUUGUACUUUUGCUCUAAACUUAUCAGUUUUCCUUGUUAUUACACACACAAGUGCUUUAACCAUUCGUGUUGCCGGAGUUGUCAAGGAUUGGGUGGUUGUCUUAGUGUCUGCUCUGUUGUUUGCUGAUACAAAGCUGACAAUGAUAAAUUUGUUUGGUUACGGAAUUGCCAUCGCUGGGGUAGCUGCAUACAAUAAUUACAAGUUAAAGAAAGAAGCUACACAUGUGUCCCCAAAUGAUUCUCCGAAUGCUUCUGAGCAUGGUGAAUCUUCCCAUAGGCUAGAGUCACAGCCUUUAACAAGAAGAUAAAUAGUGUCUUGUACCAAUGCCAGAGUUGUUCAUGCCCUUUCCUGAAGUUGAUAAGAACAUAUAGUAGAUAAUGAUACAAUUCUCACAAAAUGUCGCAAAGAAGCCACCAAACGUUAAUGUAGUAUUGAAAAGUGUAAGCAAGCAUCAUUACACAGCUGAUCAUAGAGCGAAGGAAUUGAUGUGCAGAUGUAAUAUAUAUACUCACUUUUAUCCUUUCAAAUCACUUUUAUCCUUUCAAAUAGAGGAGCUAGGCCAUAGCAUUCGGAUUUUGAGGAAUUUUGAAGCCAUUCAAAAAGAUUAUUUCUUUGAAGCAAUUACCAGUUUCAAUCUUCGCAGCUCAUUAUUUCAAGUUGAAAUGAAAAUUCCAAGAUUAAAAGCCGAGGCAUCCACCAUUUAUUAUAUUUGCACAUGUGCUGGUAGUUGCCAAUUGCCAUGGUUUUAUGCUAAUUUUUUAUGUUACAGAGAUUAAACCUUGUAGAAUUGUUUUGUUUGUUUGUAAUGUACCUUAACAUUAUUUAACAUAAGGAGACAGAUACAGAAUUAUAGAAUAGAUUGAUUCAAUGUUGGAGAUCCUUGCACCACUGUAAUCCUUUUUAAUCUUGAUGCUUUCAAAUUUUAAUGUUGUAUGUCGUUGGUUCUUAGGGCUAGACAUAAAUGAUUAGGUGUUACUCAGGGCCGAAUGUUUCAUCUUAUGUCAUGUCAUUCAAGAAUAUCUGCUAUUUGGUAUCAA